CGGCUGUGGUUCACGUUCACGCUUCACGCACUAGUCUCGUUUGACUUUGAUGAAAGUUGGAGCCGAAUGUACGAGAUACGUUCACGUGUGUCGCGAAAUUUAAUUUGUAAAGUGCCGUGACAUCAAUAUCGUUAGGUGUAUCAUGCGUAUUGAUGAUUUAGAUCGCGAUUCACGUCUCGUGAACUUGAGUGAAUGAUGUGACACUUGGGUAAUUGAAACUUUGGUUAUCAAAACUCUGCAUCAAUGGCAGAGGAAGAAAGGAUACCAUCUCUUCCAGAAAAAGAUGGUGCGGAGACUUUGCAAUCAAAAGAUGUUUAUGUUCCGGAGGAACCAACUCCGGACACUUCAAUCUCCUUGUUGGAUAUACAAAUGCCAGAAACACCAGAUAGUACGAAAGGUCAAACGAGCGAUGGUGAUACCGCAAGAUUGGAGAGUCCAAAGCCGGUGAAACCGGUACUUGGGAAGGUUCAAGCGAAAAAACGGUUGAUGGCAUUUGCCAAUCAGUUCAAAGCAUUAGCCAAGUCUCAGGUUAAGCCAAACGUGUCUCAGCAUUCCACUGGAGCUUUAAAGACAAAAGAUAAGAUUGUACAAGAUGAUACGACGACAAAUAAAUCGAGAAAAAAGACAGAGGAAAAAAUUCUGGCUAUUGAAGAAAUUCGAAGGGAGGAAUCUAAAAGUAAAAGGUUACUCGCAGAAGCUAUGGCAGCAGCAAGUAUGGAAGACGAAAAUCAUGCUAGCAAGACGGCCGCUGGUUUAUUUGAAAGCGCAAGACGUACGAAAGACAAAAGUAAACGCGAGAGAGUGAACGAUGCGCGUAAAACGAAUUCAAUGGAUCGAAAAUAUUCAGAAAGAAGGCAUCGACAUCGUGAUAAAACUGAUAAAGAUAGUUCGAGUCAGGAUGUUAAAGAUCGAAAUGAAAGUACAGAACGUUUUACGUCGCAAAAAUCAUCUAGAGAAAAGCCUAAGAAAGACAAAAAAAAGAAAGAUGAUAAAGAUAAACGGGACAGUAAUAAGACAGAUACGAGUCGUGACGAGAAAGGAGAAGGAAAAGAUGAGAAAGGAACGGAAAAAGAAAAGCAAGAAGAGACGAAAGCGAGAACUGAAACAAAACGUAAGAAAGAAAAAGAGAGACGAAAUGAUGCAUCGGAACGGGAAGUAGUAGAAGGCAAAGAGAAAAAAGAGAAAGACAAAGACAAAUGGAAAGAAAAGGUAUUAUUGAAAAGUAUUAACUCAUGGGCGGAAGUACGAAAAUCUGGUAAAACUCUCGACGAUAUCAUUCAUCUUAGAAGACGUGAUACGUCAGAACGAACAAAUGUAAAAGCCAGAUCAACGCAAGAUUAUACACGUUACCUCGAACAGAUGUUGUUGUUAAGUAAUCAUCGUUUAAAACGUCAUUCCGUGACAGUUGAGGGACUUGAUGGACCCAAAAAGUAUCCACCCGAAUCGAUCAAGUUGACGAAACGGACAGCAAGGGGACUUCAGUUGUUAUAUUGUGAAAAUCCGCGCACUUCUCUUCUGUUGAGCAUCUCGCAACUUUUACAAGCCGUCACUCCUGAACGUCGCGAGAAGAUACGAGACAUAUGCGAAGCAUCUUUACCACGGAUUGAUACAGAGGACACGGUGGUGCAGCAAACGCGAACGUGGUAUCAACAAAUAACGGCGACCAAGUGUCUAAAAGAUACCAGAUGGCAGCAGACGGCUGUAGUACAGCUUCCCAAGUCGAAAUGGGACAGUGAAGAUGAUGAAAUAUCGUCUGUCAGCGUGGCAAAAAAAAAAGUUGAAGAACCAGUAAAUAAACUGCAUGUUUCCGUAAUUCAACAAGAGACAUGUUCCACAACUUGUAGUGUAACGGAUCAAGACAAAAUUGAUUGCAACGCUGAAGGCAUCAAAGAAGAUGAUAAAUCCAAUGAAAAGACCAUGGAAAAUAUAACGACGACGGACGAAGCCGCGACGCCUUCUUUGUUACAACCUGCCGGAAAUGAGAAGCUAGCUUCAGAAUAUGAACAAUUUAUGAAGAUGGUAUGCACUACAACCGACGUGACUGAAGAGUAUUCUCCAAAGAAAAACCCUGUUAAAUCUACUUCUCCACAUAGUUAUCAUGAAUUCGAUAUAGAAUCUAAUUUAGCUGAAGAUGGCAUAAACAUGGAAAUACCGUUGAACGACGAACCUGAAAGAAAAGAUAAAGAAACUCUAGAAGAAUCGACAUCGAUAAAGAGUACAGAAUGUGAGGAAUCGACUCUGUCGACAGACUGCCAAAUACAAGUUAACGAAGAUGAUAUACAACGUGAACAUACAAAUAAAAAUAAUGAAUCUGAGGAUUCCAAAUCAAUACCAAGUGAUUGGGAAAAUGUUAGAAUCAAAGUUGAACGAUUGAGUGACGAAAAUACUGAAUCUAAAAAAGUGAAGAAAAAGAAGAAGCAAAAGAAAAUAGCGUCCAGCAGUGAUUCAUCUAGUAGUGCUACCUCCUCGUAUUCAGAAAAGGAAAAGAAAAAAAGGAAACGCAAACGUCAAGUACGGAGUACGUCGUCUUCUUCCGAUUCAGAUAGCACGGACAGUAGUAGCAGUAGUAGUAGCGACUCUAGUAGUUUGGAAGAAAGAAGGAAAAGAAAGCGGAAGAAGAAGAAGAUUGAAAAGAAAAGGAAAAAAGCGAAACGCACUGCGCGAAUGAAAAAAAAGCGAAAGAGAAAGAUGAGCACCGAUUCCAACAGCAGUGAUACAGAUCGACGUACGAAGAAGAGAAAGAAGGCCAAGAAGAAGCCACGAGAAGCCAAAUCUAUUAAUAAUGGAGAUAUGAGCGAGAUAAUAUCAAAGUCUCCUGUAAUAACUUUGCCUUCGGAUGGAACAGAGAUACCACAGCCAGUGACAUCGGUAAAAAAGAUUAAAGAAGAAGCAGCGGCAAGUGAAGAUGGAAAGAGGUCCGAUCAAGUUGCGUCACUGAAAAAAACCAUUACUGACGGUGCACCGGACACGGACGGCUUGAAACAGAAAGAGGAAAGAACAGAACGAAAGUCUGACGAAAGUUUCAUCGAACAAUGGGAAAUGGAUUCUGUAAUGCAGCAAAACGAUGGUGAUACUUCGAGUCAAGAUCAUACUGGAGACGUGGAAAAGACGGAUGGCUCAGAGAAGGGUAAAUAUCGAAAGAAAAGAAAAUAUAGUCGAGAUAAUAUUGAACAUGACAAAGAUGGAUCAUCUACGGUCAGUGAAGAGAGGAUUCGUGAAGAUGAGGCAAGAUCGGAUGAGGAACGUGAAACAAAAAGGAAGAAAAGAAGGGAAAAAGAUAUUAAAAGUAACGUCGAGUUUCUUGCAAACUGGGAAAGAAAGGGUCGUACUCAACGACUACUGCACGAACAAAACCAAGCCAAGUAUUUGAAAAAAUUGGAAAAACAGAAAAAGGAGAAAUGGGGAGAAACAGAUUUUAACACGUUAAAUGUACCAUCCCUGACACAGCUCGAGAAAGAGGGAUGUCAAAAGCAGCUUUUAGCGGAUGAGUGGGAAAUGGAUAGUCUGGAAGCGAUAUCAUUAACAGAUCUAAUUACAAGUAAACGAAAAAGCAGUCAGGGUUCUUCAUUGAAGAAGGUAGAGAAUAAAGUUAGAUAUGAUAAGAAAACGGAUACCUAUAUUGCAAUAGAAAAGGCAAGUGUAAGAGAAAUGAAAAAGAAGCAGGAACGUUUGUGUGCGAUAAGAAUAUGGGAGGAGGAGCAAGAAGAAGGUGAAAGAGAAGAGAUGAUGCUUCUGGAACAGAAGAGCAAGCAACGUAAAACAGACGAUUGGGAUAUAGAGGAAGAAUCUCUGUUUCGUAAAAAUACCGAAGAAAUGGAAGUUUGUAAGGUUAACGAUAUUGUCGCGAUAGAAAAAGAGUGGAUUAAAACGGAUGAAGAAAAAAAUGUUAAGGAAGACGUGAAUAAAUUAACUACGAAGCCAAGUAAACGAGUUAGAAAAAGUCGUUGGGACAUGGGCUCUCAAUCCGAAGAAAAACCAGAAGCUAAAGAUGUAUGGGAGGAAGAAUAUGCCGAAUGGUCUAAGAUUAACAAGCGCGAACAAGAAUUUGAAAGAACAAAAAAAGGCGAACUUUCUACUACGGAUUACUCAGAAAGUUCUAGUAAAUCUGAUCUGACAGAUUUCUAUCAUAGAAAAUCACAGAGUAGAGAAUCAUUGGAGAGAUCAUGGGCAUCGGAAGAAGUGGCACGCAGACCUGUACAAGCAAAGAAAGAUACACCAGUAAAACAUUUAAUUUCAAAAACAAAUGAAGAUCAGCUUGCAUCCAUCAAGGAGCAUCAAACUAGAGAUCAAUUUAAAGGAAUUUUGGACGCGGAUGUAAAGUUCAAAGAGAAGACCUUGGAAUUAUACAGUCCUAGUUCUCCAGCACUUUCUCAAAAGUCUCAGGAUGUACAAGUGUCUAAUGAGAGCAGCAGCUCUUGUACGUCUCUGCCUCGUGAGAAAAGAAAGAAAGAGAUGUUGUUUACGGCAGACAAACUAUCACGUCCUACAUCUGGAAUACCUUUACGAUUAACCGAGCUACGCGAUACUAAACGUGCGUCGAGUGAAGAGAUGAAAAGUAUUUUAACAAAAGUACACGUGGAAGAUAAGGACUCUGCUAAUAAUUUUGACAUUAAAACCGCUGAUAAUUUAUUUGACGACAUUUCAAUUAACGAACCGUGUUGUCUAAAAAUACAUACCACAGAACAGAUGGAUCUUUUUGAAGAGUAUGGUUUAGAGAAACCAUGCGAUAAACAGCAUGCCGCGAGUUCCACUGUAAGCUCAGCAACGCAGCACACGAAAGAUGACGAAGCGAAUGAAGGAAAGAAUGCACUUAAACUCAUUCCUAAGCAGCUCUUAAUUCGUCGUACCAACGAACAAGUAAAACAGAAACGUAUCUUAGAAACACCGUUACAGGAUCCUGUUCAACAUGCAGCGGCCCUAUUAACAAUACAAAAGAAGUUGUUGGAGUCGCACGCAUUAAAGAAUGAUAUCGUAGAAUAUCCGACCGAACAAGCGGAUCAUUUCGAACAGAGAUAUAGCACAGCGAGUACGAGCGGAACCGAUAACACGUUAUUAGAUACAACUGAAUUUUCCGUGGUUUCCAAAUCGUCAAUAAUAGCGACACGACAAUCGAGAUCCCCGGCAUCGGAGCGGGCUGUCUCUAUUCGAUCCGAACAAUCUGAAAACUACGACAGAGAAAGUAAGAACGAUGACAUAAAAAAAUUAAAGACUAACCGAAGCGAUACUAAUGUCCGGUCGGGCGUACGAUCUCCAAUCCGGGAACACAGGAAGAGAAGUCCUAGCAAGAAAGAAAGUGAGAAACGAUCGUCGCAUGAUAAGGACAAGAAGGAAAGGAAAUCUGACGAUACAGAGAAAUCUGACAGAAGGGACACCAGAAGUUUCAAAGCAGAUUUUGCAGAUAGAAGAAGAUCGAGCCCUUCGGGACGAGGAAGAAGAAGGAGGAGCGGAAGCCCGUCCUAUGUCUCGUGGGAACGACAAGGAAGCGGAAGUGGAAGUCCCGGUCAUAGUUGGAGCAGAAGUCGUAGUAAAAGUCCAAAGAAGAAGGACGAACCUACUACCAGUACGCGAGACAGAGAUAAAAAAAGAGAUAGAUAUGACGAUGAGCGAUCAAGCAGAUCGAGAACGGAUGAAAGAAAAGAAAGAUACACACGAUCUCCACCACGCUUUAGUUACAACGAAGAUACCUUAAAAAAGCAUGGAUCUUCCAAGAGCACGCGUGACGACUGGGUUAGUAGAAGAAGACCGGACACGGCGGAUAGAGAUCACGAGAAGGAUACUAGAUGGUCGUAUGACCCAAUGGAGAUUUUGAGGGAAAGAACAAUAGAAUCUGACAAGUAUAGAGAUAAUAGAUUUCACACACAAGACGUGGAUCAUACGUUUUGGCAAUAUGAAAACAGCGGUAUUUUACGAGAUGGUAACGAAUCCAUAGAUUCGUACAUCGUUGGACAGGAUUUGCCUCCUGAUGAAUAUGACGAUCGGUCGUAUUAUAGAGAGAAAAGUCAGGAAAGGGAUAUGAUACAAUCUUCGCCUCAAUCGCAGUCAAAAUACAGGAAAAGAUCUAAUGCAAGAAGGGAACGACAGUGGGAAAAAGACAAAAACCCUUCGGAUUUGGACCGUCAUGGGCACCUAGGACACGGAUCACGAAAUCGAACACCACCGCGAUCGAGGUAUUCGCCUGUGCGUCAAGCUCCAGAACGAUUUCGACGAAAAUCCAGAUCACGCUCGAGAUCUUGGUCACCACUAAGAUCGCGAACACGAUCUAGAUCGAGAUCGAGAUCGCGUUCUAGAUCGACGUCAAGGUCAAGACUGAGGAUGAGAUCGCAAUCGAGAUCGAGAAGCAGAUCUCCGUUCGAUGUAAGAUGGAGAGGAAAAUCUACGUCCAUGUCAAGAUUGAGAAGCCCGGAACAUGCAUUCAGAAUGUCUGAAUUGCGACCUUCCAGAUCUCCUUCGCCCGGAAGGGAUAGGUUAAAUGAAAUGAAAAGGGAAAAAAAGGACGCGGACGACGAUGACAAAAAGUUUAACGUGUGUGGCGAAAGAGGUAGACGCAUAGAAACUAUUAUUCAGACAGGAAUUGUGCCGGGAACGAGCAGCAUUAUGAACUCAGAAAUGGGUAUUAAUAAUGUGGACCCAGCUAUUACGAACUUGCAAUAUUCAAGCGAAAUUGAAGGCGGAAAUGAAUAUUAUUAUACAGAGACGAAUUUGACUUAUCCUCCUUGUAUAGACGAGUCGUCUAUUACGAGUUCCCCGAAACGUUUAUCUCUUGAUGAUAGAUUAGAAUUAGAAUUAGGUAUUAAAAAACAACACAACAAGGAUUCCACCGUUGCUUCAGAAUAUUCUAAUUUCAACCCCAAUGUUGUCGCAUAUCCAUCUCCUCCUCCUCCACAACAGCAACAACAGAUGAUGUACAGACAGCAGCCUACAGUUGUACAAGUUGGAAACGUCUUACAAGUGGUCCCUGCUGAUUUCAAUGGAGUUCAACAAUCGGCACGUCGGGAAGUGUCCGCUGUAGCCGCGCCUCCGCCUGUGCGAUCCGGAUCCAGUCAAGUGGUUCGCGUAGGUAACGUCCUUCAAGUAGUACCCACAUCAUUAGAUUGGAGUAGCAGCAACAGCGGCGGCGGCGGCGGCGGCGGCGGCGGUCAAUCUUCGUCGACUGCAGAUCAAUCAAGUGGGGUUUUGUAUUCCUCAGCAGUCCCGGCACUCUCGCCCUCGGCACCUUUUGUUCCCAUGUCUGUACCUGUCCCCGUCCCCACGGUUCCCGUGCCUGUGCCACCAGCCUUACCCGCCGCGACGACGACCCUCGCUCCCGUCGCGACUAUGCCACUGCCCGUGCCAGUACCAGUACCAGUCCCCGUGCCAGUCCCGAUUCCCCCCGCGACACCGACAGCGUUCCCAACAGCGAGGACGGAGCCAACAAAGAUAGUUCAGCCCGUAUACAAUUACGAAGCUAUACUCGAGACACGCCGUAAGGAACAAGAAGAGCGUAAACGGUUACGCGAGUUACGCAGGAAGGAGAAGGAACGUAGGAGAAUAGAGAGGGUUAAUCGACGAGCUCUGCGGUUAUUGGAAAAGAGCACGACAUCACGACAACCGAGUGGGGUUUUAUUAGAUCACCGCAAAGGUGCGAUUGUGGAUCCAUCAGUUUUGAAAGCAUUGAAAGAAGGAGAAGAACAAGCCGAAUCUCCAUCAACUAAUCCCUUAAAAGAGGAAGAGGAGGCAACAACAUUGUUUAAAGAAGACGAGGACGCCGCCGCGGACGAAGAAGAGGAUGAUGAUGAAGACGAGGCCGAGGCUGAAGGGGAAGAUGAUGAGCAAGAGGAGGAAGAAGAAGCGGAAGAUGAGGACGAGGAUGAUGAUGAUGAUGAUGAUGAAAAACCGUUACAAACGAUUAAUCAGCGAAUAAUAGUCGACGAAGCGACAACAACGUCCGCUGCGGCGAAUAAAGAUCAAGUGGAAAUCGAAACUAAAAAGGAAUGGCCCGAGUUACCACCUCCGCCGUUAAAAGGCAUUUUGGUUGUACCAGGAUUUAGGAGAGACGCGAUGCCCAAUGGCAACUUGAACGAUUUAUCAGAUGCGGACGACAACAUCAAAGACGAUAGCGACAAAGAUGAAGAGAUAGAUAAGAAUAAUGAAUGCGACAGAGACGCGGAGCCUGAUGCAAAAUCUGGUAAAUCAAGUGCAGCAAAAUUGAAAAAGACAAAGAAAAACAAAAAGUCCGUUCAAUUCGCCGAUGGCAUAAAACCUGGGGAGGGAACCAGUCCCAGCGGUGGCGAAGGCGACAUGCCUUCACCGCCUCCUCCCAAGGGAAUAGGUUUCCGCGAUGGAUUCGGGGAUUUGAGAAGGGACAAGAUUUACAGCUCACGAAAGACGAGAAAGCAGGAGAAGAGAACGAGACCACCAAAGACAAAGAAAAAAGUCAAGGUAAAGAUAAUCAAGUUGGAGAAACCACGCAUUACUCCAUUGACAGCCAUGAUGAUGGACGACUCCGACGAAAUGGACGACCGUUCGCCACCCCCGCCGCCUCCCGGUUCCCCACCGCCGCCUCAUCUCUGGCCCAGUUAUCUUUCGAUCUAUAAUACAACGGUUCGAGCGGUUGAACAACCGCAAACCACAACUACUACCUUGACAUCUGUUCAAGCUCCACCACCGCCGACUCCGUUGCCUCUUCUAAUUCCGCCUCCUCCGCUGAAUUAUACUAUCCAACCUUGCAGUAAAUCUUAAGCUAGCCCUACUCGCGAUAUCGGUUUUGUAAAUUUUUUGGAGCGAGUCAAUUUUUUUCUUCUCACGAAACAUAUAAUCUGUGCGCGGGAAAUCACCGUGAAGUAAGAAUGAGAAGAACUGUACAUUGUCUCGAACGUGAGACUUUUAUAAUGAUAAAGUGAAAAUGAUGCAAGAUGUCGGAAAAUAUAUACUACGAAUGACGGUUGUAAAUAUCCUCGCAAUUAACGUGUUUUUUUUUUCCGACCAAGAACGCGUGAUCUUAAGCUGAUAAAUCUUGAUCCCGUGCGUCCGUAACUUUUAUCAACUUGCUGUCAAUAAUCUAUUUCGUAUAUCAUCGAUAUCGAGACGUGUCGAAUAGACGGUCUCUGAACUGUGAUGGUUCAUUCUACCGAAAAGCGUUAUUAAUCAGAAAGAUAAUCUAGUAGUAAAAAAGUAAAAAUGUUUGCAUCUUUACAUCUCAUGUUGCUAAUGAUGCUCUUGAAACGAAAUUAAUGACACGUGACCAUUAAAGAUUUUUAAGAUUCUACGUUUCCCAAGUCAUUUUUCUCAAAAACUCAAAAGUAUAUUUUGAGCAAAAUUUUAUUUAUUUUGCUGCAAGGAAUUUUUCAAUUCCCGUAUUAGUUCCGAGACACUCUGCAUUAGAGGAUCGCAAUGGCAAUGGAUAUAAUGUACGUACGAUUAUUGUCGAUAACGUCGUGUCAAUACGAUUUGUUAUAAAAGUAAGAAUAUAUUCGAAAAACUGCAAUGUAUGUACAUUGUAUUAUAUAUUAACUUGUCACAAAUACACAUGUGACUCAUUUAAAA